GUUUUGAUCUCUUUCGACAGACACAUAUCGCGAGUUCUCCUGCCAUAGUAACACGGCCGACGUCAAUCCGGACGCUCUAUACGUGCUCCUCGUCGUCUCCUUCGGCUCUCGUCUCCGUCCGCUGCUCGCAUUUCACAUUCGCCUUCCCUGACAUCCAUCGGCCGAGACAUCCUUCUGCCUUCCCUCGAUACACGCAUAUCCGUUUACGCGCGGUCUUGUCACCCACGAUUAUUACAAUAUUUUAUCGAUCCUCAGAAAUCGAUCGUACUUAAAAAAAAAUCUUGUUCGUUUCUUCUCAGAGCGAUCCAAAAUCGCUUCUUUGUGUCGCGAUCCACGAGAGAACAGCUGAUAUCGUUCAAGGCAUAUAAUUCGACUUCGCGAGAAACGUCAUUACUUUGCAAAAAUUUUCAGAAAACCGCUCUGCACGCUAGAAGUUAAUCGCAAAAUUAUAUGAGGGGCGUCUCUUCCUCGAAGAAUAAUUCGAAGAUUCACAAGUAUUGCAACGUGUGUAUUUACGCAGCUGAGGACUUUUGACCUAACCAUGAGGAGCAUUUCGUCGGAAUCGUUUUUAUUUCUCUUUACUUUGAAGUUAUUUGUCAUAAUGGGAAAUGCGUACCCAGUUAUCAAUUUAGAUAACGAAGAGAUUGUUAAAAAUAAUAGUAUAAUGAAAAAAAGCGCAAAUUCGACAGAAGAUGCAGUCGUAUCGAUUACACCUUAUACAUGUGUAUAUAUACCGCCGAAUCUGGAUUCAUGUAAAUUCAACAGUUAUGAUAAAACCAAAGAAAAUCUUCGAAGUCUGACAAAAACAUUGUCAGAGAAAAAAAGGCGCGAGCUAUCGAAAAAUAAUACAAAAUUCUACGCACAUUCACCGAUGCGUCUUUCAGGAAUGGACAAGCGCGUAAAUACUAUAAUAUAUGAGAUACAAAGAUGCGUACCGUCAAGACUGCCGUUUAUUUUGCCACGGUGUACGGAUGAAGAUUUUGCCAACAAGAAGAGCGAGAUUCAUCAGCUUUAUCCCUUCGUGAUAGACGGUUUUUCAAAAGCAACAUAUGAAUUUCCAAUCCAUAAUUUUUCUAUACAAACUCGAAAAGUAUCGAAAUCUGCAUGAUUUAUGACGUAUAUUUGAGUGAAUCGAUCGACUUACAGCCAUUAGUCAUUAGGCAUAUGUAAUCCUCGUGAUAUUAAGCAAAAAGGGCACACUUGUUAUCUUUCAUAAAAUUCUCAUCUUUAAACAGGAGGACGAAUCUAUUAAUGUGAAUGAGUCAGAAAGAAACGCAUGAAAUAUAAACUCGCAUUCUCAUACAUAAGAAUUAAAAAACGCGUAUGUUUUAUAGAGAUAAACGGUUGUUAAAAUUAAUUGAAAAAAUGAUUGGAGAUGUUCAAUCUAAUAUAAGACUGCGGAAUGAGUUGAAAGUAUAACAAUAAAAACUGCUGUAGUAAUAAGUAACAAUCAAUUAUUUUUAGCAAUAGAUUGUAAGAAGUAAUAAAUAGAUAAUAUUAUCAUAAACUAUAUCAAUAAUGUGAUUAUUGCUUUUUAAUUGUCAUAUAUAUGUUUAACUUCAAUAUUAAUAAUGUUAAUAAAAUUAAAAAACAUCAAUA